CUAGGCGUCAAUGACUUCCUGGUUGAGAUCCCAUGCUUGAUCUGUGCUUUUCAGAUCUUAACACGCUUGUUUUGCAGUUCAAAAGAACAUUUAUAUAAUGGCUAAAGACAAGACAAGUCCGUCUAAAAGGAAGAAGCUGAAUUCAGAUGUCAGCGAGGUUCAUGAGGAAGAAAUAAUGGACACUAAAGUCAAAAAGAAGAAGAAGAAGAUGGAAGUUGAGGAGGCUCCGGUACAGAUUGUGUCAAUCACAGCAGAUGAUACAAAACUGAAAAAGGAAAAGAAACACAAAAAGAAACAAAAGACAGAACAAAUUGAGGAGGCUCCAGUACAGGUUGUGACCAUCACAGCAGAAGAUAAAAAGCAAAAAAAGGAAAAGAAACACAAAAAGAAAGAACAGACCGAACAAAGUGAGAUUCCUGAUCCGCCCAAUGAGCUGGAGGGAGAGGAGGACCUGAGCCCCGAGCAGAAGAGGGUCAUGGAGAGGAAGAUGAAGAAGGUCAUGAAAAAGGAGGAAAAAAAGCGGAUUAAAGCUGAGGGAGAGACCGUACCGAAAACUGAAGCGGCAUCUGGACCCACUGGUCCUCAGCAGGCCUUACUGUACCUCACCUGCUGGUCUGAAAACCGUGCGGAGUGGAAGUUCCAGAAGAUCAGGCAGACGUGGUUACUGCAGCACAUGUUUGACUCCGAACAGGUUGCAGAUGAGAAGUUCUCCGUGCUGCUGGAGUACCUGGAGGGGCUCCAAGGAGCAGCCAAAGACACGACGGUGAAGAAGGCCAUGGCGCUGGUCGAAGAGUCGGGACAGGCACCAGAGGACAAAGAUGUCCAGCAGAGGGCACACAGAGCCAGAGAAGUCAUCCAGCUGCUCUCAUAACCCUCCACCAUCACACAUGAACUCCACAAGAAAAAGACUGAAGCAUGUUCGUGGGUCAGUGGACUGAAUGACGCCUGAUUAUCAAGCUAAAACCUGUUGUUUCUGCACCGGCCCUUUAAGGAAAAGAUGCAUUUUGAUCCAAUAACACUUAAUCAUUACAAUGUUCAAUCUAUUUAGGUUAACCUUUCUUUCCUCCUUUGACAUUCCUUGCGUGUGUGUCAUUGCCUCACCCAAAUGCUUUCAUAUAGUAGAACUUUCUCAAGUUUAUUUUUUUAUUACAAAUAGCUUUUUGCACCGUUGUGGACAGAUGAGUAGAGAUGUAAACCCCCCUAAGGAUACAACGGAAAGAUGAGAGUAAGAAGUCUCAGGAAUGUUUGUAGACAUGUUUAUACGUGUCAGCUCCAUAAUCUGUGAAGUCACUGAUGAGAAUAUCUUUCUCAUCCACUCAAGGUAUAAGCAUGAUACAUGUGUUUUGGAGCUCCAGCCCUUUAGUCCAUUUUCAAUACAUAAUAAUAAUAAUACAUUACGUGUGUGUUUAACUACUCAUUUGUGUAGACUCUGUUUUCCCUGCAAUUCACAUACAGUCUAUGCCCUCAACAGAUAUACAGUAGGUAUAGGAGAAGCAGUGGCAUCUUGCUCUACACACACUUAAGAGUUUUGACUCUUAAUUUUAGGAAGGAAACGGAAUCUAUUUGUAAUUUUAAGCUGUUGACACCACUUCCUGUAUUAUUAGAAAUGUAUGCAAAUACAGUACACUUAAUAUUCAAAGACAUUUAAAUAACUUCCUCUCACUGUAUCAAGACACACACAAAAAUAUCACCAUAUGCUUAUUUCUUUCAAGUUUUUUUUUUACCAUUACUCUUGUCUUUUGGUCUGACACACAUUUAAGUUAUUUAAUAAAAUGCUUAAUGUCCAGUUCAUUUAUCCUGUUAUAGAUGUUUUCUGAUGUACCUUCUACCUGGAGCAGGACAUCCAGUUUCUGUAUGCAGUAACCACAAAGUCCAGUACAGAAUAAAAAUCUUUACCUGCAAGA